AUGUUUUCUUUACUUCGGAAUACUGCAAUAUCAUCAUGUAGCGGAUUAGUGGCAUUCGAUCUUUUGCGACCAGUCGCAGGGGAUUUCACACAACUAAGAGGUCGUAAAAGAGCCCUCAAGCAAGGUCUUACUCGGCAGCAAAAACUCGAACGUCGCUUGAAAAGAGAGGAAAGAGAAGCUGCCCGCAAGCAGUACACGUUUAUGGAAAGGAUCAACAUUCGCCGAAUGAGGAACCUUUGUCGCUCAUACCAGGUCGUAAAAGAGCUCAAGCAAGGUCUUACUCGUCAGCAAAAACUCGAACGUCGCUUGAAAAGAGAGGAAAGAGAAGCUGCCCGCAAGCAGUACACGUUCAUGGAAAGGAUCAACAUUCGUCGAAUGAGGAACCUCCUUUCUCCUUCUCAACAAUUCCCGGGUCGCCUGUGCCGUGAAGAUGAGGCAAACCUUCCGGAUAAACCACUGACGAACAUCUUUAUAAGGAGCAAAGUGAAAACACAGUUCUAUUCUGUAGCCGAAGCUCUUGCAAGGCAUCGAGAGCUACAACAGCCCUCCAUCUACAAUAAUCCAAACGCACCCAUUAGAUUACGACUUGAACUUAACAUGACACGGAGAGACAGGUUGUGCAUGGUGACCAAAAUGGUCUCAAAUUCUGAUGAAAUUGUACCAGUGCCAUAUCCGUUCAAACAUACCGAAAAGCGUACGAUUCUCGCAUUUGUAAAUGACCCAAAGCUUCAAGAAAUCGCAGUAGAAUCUGGAGCAGAAAUUGCUCUUGGUCAGGAUGUCGUUAAAAAGAUCAUAAAAGGUCAAUUUCGAACUGAUGACUAUGAUUUCUGCGUUGCUCACACAGAUAUGAGUUCUUAUAUCCUGCCUUUGCGAGGAAUCCUACGCACAAAGUUUCCUACGCGAGCAAACGGUGGUCUUGGAGAAGACCUUCCCGAUCUUAUACAAAAGUUCAAGAGUGGCAUAAAGCUUGCCAUCAAAGGAGACCCUGUAUACCCUAUAUGGGGUCUCAGUGACGCAGUUGUUGGAAGA